CACAUGAACAGCCCUUGACCUACUAACCCAGUUGACCAUAUUACGUUGAAGGUUUUUCCGUUGCACACUUUCUGAUUUCAUUUCCGCUUGACGCUGCAUUUUGUUGCAGCAUGAAGACAAAACCCCCAAAAACUUGAUCGCAUUGAUAAAAACCAACUGGCUAACACCCAAUGCCGGCUAGUCUUAGUUUACAUUUUCACGGCACGCCAGGUGUUAAGUUACCCACCCAAAAAUCAGCAUAUCAACAUGUCCAUUCUGUGGACGUUUAUCUCGCUGCUCCUCUGCUGCUCUUAUCAGUUUCAGGAAUGUAUGGCCAAUUGCGGUGGACGCUGCGUACGUAGUCCCAUUGGGCACCUCUAUCACGUCAUUCCCGUUCGCCUUUAUACGCCGCAACAGCUGGAGGAUAACAUCGAGCUGCUGCGCCAACCACGUCAACAGCAAACAGUGGUUGUGGAGAAUAAUUUUGGAGGAUCCGGUUUUGGCAGGCCUUCGUUUGGUGGGUCACCGUUCGGCGGCCGCCCUGGCUUUGGAGGUUUGGGACGUGGGGGUUUUGGACGCGGCGGUCCAUUCGGCGGUUCACGUGGCGGUUUCGGCGGUGGCAGUGGUUUUGGAGGUAGCGGCGGCUUUGGCGGUGGCUUCGGCGGUGGUUUUGAAUUUGGACGCGGGUUUGCACGCAGCUAUGGAGCAGAGGAGGAGGAGAAACAACAGCCAGGAGAGAAACAGCCAAUAAUACCCGAGUGCAAUGCCCCCAACGUCCCAGUUCCGAGUUGUGCGAAUAAUUAUGUGUUCUCCUGUGAACCGGUGCUGAAGCCAGUGCCCUGCUCAGCAUCAAAUAAUCAUAGCUGUUGAGAGACCAAAGGACUGAUAUUCAUGUCUAUAAAUAAACCAUUAACCUGAAA